GCCCCUCUGGUGAUGUCCUCUUCUGCAGCUUGGAGUUUGGCCCAGGGAUCCCUGGCCACCUUUGGGCCUGUCUUUGAAGAACAACCUGUUGGCCUGCUAUUCCCAGAGGAGUCUACAGAGGAGCAGGUGACGCUGGCAUGCCGUGCCCGGGCCAGCCCUCCAGCCACCUAUAGGUGGAAGAUGAAUGGCACCGAGAUGAAGCUGGAGCCAGGUUCCCGCCACCAGCUGGUGGGGGGCAACCUGGUCAUCAUGAACCCCACCAAAGCACAGGACGCCGGUGUCUAUCAGUGCCUGGCCUCCAACCCAGUGGGCACUGUGGUCAGCAGGGAGGCCGUCCUCCGCUUUGGCUUUCUGCAGGAAUUCUCCAAGGAGGAGCGAGACCCCGUGAAGACCCACGAAGGCUGGGGGGUGAUGCUGCCCUGUAACCCACCUGCCCACUACCCAGGCUUGUCCUACCGCUGGCUCCUCAACGAGUUCCCCAACUUCAUCCCGACGGACGGGCGCCACUUCGUGUCCCAGACCACAGGGAACCUGUACAUUGCCCGGACCAACGCCUCGGACCUGGGCAACUACUCCUGCCUGGCCACCAGCCACAUGGACUUCUCCACCAAAAGCGUCUUCAGCAAAUUCGCUCARCUCAACCUGGCUGCUGAAGAUCCCCGGCUCUUCGCGCCCAGCAUUAAGGCCCGGUUCCCAGCAGAGACCUACGCGCUAGUGGGCCAGCAGGUCACCCUGGAGUGCUUCGCCUUUGGGAAUCCUGUGCCCAGGAUCAAGUGGCGCAAAGUAGACGGCUCCUUGUCCCCACAGUGGGCCACAGCCGAGCCCACCCUGCAGAUCCCCAGCGUGAGCUUUGAAGACGAAGGAACAUAUGAGUGUGAGGCGGAGAACUCCAAGGGCCGCGACACCGUCCAGGGCCGCAUCAUUGUUCAGGCUCAGCCCGAGUGGCUCAAGGUGAUCUCAGACACAGAGGCUGACAUCGGUUCCAACCUGCGCUGGGGCUGCGCAGCCGCCGGCAAGCCCCGACCCACCGUGCGCUGGCUGCGGAAUGGGGAGCCUUUGGCCUCCCAGAACCGGAUGGAAGUGUUGGCCGGAGACCUGCGGUUCUCCAAGCUGAGCCUGGAGGACUCGGGCAUGUACCAGUGUGUGGCAGAGAACAAGCACGGCACCAUCUAUGCCAGCGCUGAGCUGGCUGUGCAAGCACUGGCGCCUGAUUUCAGGCAGAAUCCGGUCAGACGUCUGAUCCCCGCCGCUCGGGGAGGAGAGAUCGUCAUCCCCUGCCAGCCCCGGGCAGCUCCGAAGGCCGUGGUGCUCUGGAGCAAAGGCACUGAGAUUUUGGUCAACAGCAGCAGAGUGACGGUAACUCCGGAUGGCACCUUGGUUAUCAGGAACAUCAGUCGGUCYGACGAGGGCAAAUACACGUGCUUUGCUGAGAAUUUUAUGGGCAAAGCCAACAGCACCGGGAUCCUGUCUGUGCGUGAUGCAACCAAGAUCACUCUGGCCCCCUCAAGUGCCGACAUCAAUGUGGGUGACAACCUCACCCUACAGUGCCACGCCUCCCAUGACCCCACCAUGGACCUCACAUUCACCUGGACCCUUGAUGACUUCCCCAUUGACUUUGACAAGCCUGGGGGUCACUAUAGGAGAGCCAGUGUGAAGGAGACCGUUGGGGACAUGACCAUCCUGAAUGCCCAGCUGCGCCAUGGAGGGAAGUACACGUGCAUGGCCCAGACAGUGGUGGAUAGUGCAUCCAAGGAGGCCACCGUUCUGGUCCGAGGUCCACCAGGCCCCCCAGGAGGCGUGGUGGUGAGAGACAUCAGUGACACCACUGUCCAGCUAAGCUGGAGCCGUGGCUUCGACAACCACAGUCCCAUUGCCAAGUACACCCUGCAGGCCCGCUCUCUACCUGCAGGGAAGUGGAAGCAGGUUCGGACCAAUCCUGCCAACAUCGAGGGCAAUGCCGAGACCGCCCAGGUGCUGGGCCUCACGCCCUGGAUGGACUAUGAGUUCCGAGUUUUAGCCAGCAACAUCCUGGGCACCGGGGAGCCCAGUGGCCCCUCCAGCCGAAUCCGGACCAAGGAAGCAGCCCCCUCAGUGGCACCAUCAGGACUCAGCGGAGGAGGUGGAGCCCCGGGAGAGCUCAUCGUCAACUGGACUCCCAUGUCACGGGAGUACCAGAACGGAGAUGGCUUCGGCUACCUGCUGUCCUUCCGCAGGCAGGGCAGCACUAGCUGGCAGACCGCCCGGGUGCCCGGCGCCGAUGCCCAGUACUUCGUCUACAGCAACGACAGCAUCCAGCCCUACACGCCUUUUGAGGUCAAGAUCCGCAGCUACAACCGCCGGGGGGAUGGGCCUGAGAGCCUCACAGCACUUGUGUACUCGGCUGAGGAAGAGCCCAGGGUGGCCCCUACCAAGGUCUGGGCCAAGGGGAUCUCAUCAUCAGAGAUGAACGUGACCUGGGAACCUGUGCGGCAGGACACAAAUGGCAUCCUCCUGGGGUAUGAGAUCCGCUACUGGAAAGCUGGGGACAAAGAAGCAGCUGCUGACAGAGUGAGGACAGCAGGGCUAGACUCCAAUGCCCGAGUCACCGGCCUCCACCCUAACACCAAGUACCACGUGACCGUGCGGGCCUAUAACCGCGCYGGCACCGGGCCUGCCAGUCCUCCCGCCAAUGCCACAACCAUGAAACCUCCUCCCCGGCGACCUCCUGGCAACAUCUCCUGGACUUUUUCAAGCUCCAGUCUCAGCAUUAAGUGGGACGCUGUGGUCCCUUUCCAAAAUGAGUCUGCAGUCACGGGCUACAAGAUGCUGUACCAGAAUGACUUACACCCAACUCCCACACUCCACCUUACUGGCAAGAACUGGAUAGAAAUCCCAGUACCCGAAGACAUUGGCCACGCCCUUGUACAGAUUCGGACCACGGGACCUGGAGGGGAUGGCAUCCCGGCAGAAGUUCACAUCGUGAGGAAUGGAGGCACAAGCAUGAUGGUGGAAGACGCGGCAGUCUGCCCAGCCCCACACCCCGGCGCCAUCCUCUCCCACUCCACAGCGAUGCUCAUCCUCAUAGGCUACCUGGAGCUCUGAACUCGGCGCUUCUCCUUCUGCAACAGAACUGGAACCCAACUCUGAUGGACACAGCCAGCUGGCCCUGGCCCUUCCCAAGCCAAGGUGGCCCAACACUGUGCCCAGAGUGGUUGGUUUUAAACACCUACUUUAAACAGGACCCUUUGUGCAGGAGGUAGGAUAGUUCAUAUUCUGCCACAGGACAGAACCAUAGGUGGAUCUUUUUCUCUAAAUGAAGAUAUACUGGGCAGUGACUUCCAUGAUGAUACUGAACCCAACCCCUCGGCCCCUAGGGGUUCUGGAUGGAAG